AUGUCACUCAAGUCUAAAGAUAACAACUUUGUAGCUGAAGAUAGAAAUUGGAGAUCAUAUAUAUUAAAUGAGCUCAAUGGAGCUAAACAGUGGGAAGAAGACUGGGGUUUUUUAACUUCUGGCAAUGCGCUAUCUAAUGAUACUGUUGAUGACAAGAUUAGAAAAUUGGAAGCUGUAAUAUUUAUGUAGAGAAUGGAAGAAUUAAAGCAAGAACCACUGAGGACGACUUCUGCAACUUAUGGAAGAGGCAGCAAUUUGGAAAAAUAUAUGGUCACUGAAUAUAACAUCACCAAAAACAAAGAACUGAGAGCCUGUGAUAGAAAACCUAAAAAGGAUAGAAAAAGCUAA